AUGUCCCAGACUCUAGAGCUUGGCAGGGUCACGCCAUCAUCUGCGACACAAGAUGUAGCAACUAAUCAUACCUCUUUGAUUCUUACUGGUGUUGACGAUGCCAAUAACGCGCACGCAACCACCGCCCCCCCUGGGGAGCACAGGCCAAAGGAGCCUCCUCGCCCCACCAGCGCGGCCAUUGCCUUGACCAUGAUGUCGCUCUGUCUCUCAUGCCUGCUAUCCGCCCUCGACCUCACAAUUGUCACCCCCGCAAUCCCCUCCAUCGUCAGCGCAUUCCAAUCCUCAUCCGGCUACAUAUGGGUCGGCAGCGCUUACACGCUGGCCCACGCGGCCAUUACCCCAGUCUGGGGAGCGGUAUCCGAUAUUUGGGGGCGGAAACCAAUCAUACUAAUUGCAAUGACUGUUUUUCUCGGUGGCAGUCUGGUUUGUGCACUUGCGCGGCAUAUGGAAACUCUCAUCGUCGGUCGGGCAUUGCAGGGACUCGGUGGGUCUGGUAUGGGGACCAUGGUCAAUAUCGUCGUCUGUGAUUUGUUUUCGCUGCGGGAUCGCGGGCUGUAUCUGGCUAUCACGUCGCUUGUCUGGGCGGUUGGGAGUGCCGUGGGGCCGGUAUUGGGGGGCGUGUUUACGACGAGAUUGAGCUGGAGGUGGUGCUUCUGGAUCAAUCUACCGGUCGGGGCUGUCUCGUUCCUCGUCCUGCUCUUCUUCAUGAAAGUCCCCAACCCACGCACUCCCAUCGCAGCCGGACUGAAAGUCAUCGACUGGACAGGCAGCGUCCUGAUAAUUGGCGGGUCCCUGAUGGUCCUCCUGGCGCUCGACUUUGGUGACGUCGUCUACUCCUGGUCAUCGGCAACGGUCAUCUGUCUGCUCGUUUUCGGAACCGCAGUCAUGGGCCUCUUCAUCGUCAACGAGUGGAAGAUGGCGAAGAAUCCGAUUAUCCCCCUUUGGCUGUUCAGCUCUCCCUCAAAGGCAGCACCCUACGUUGUUUUUGCGUGCAACUCCUACGUCUUCAUUGGACAGGCCUAUUACCUUCCGCUAUAUGCUCAGUCCGUUCUCGCAGCAUCCGCAUUGACAUCGGGACUAUACCUCCUUCCCCUCAUUGUAUCAUGUUCCUUGGUAGCAGCAGCAACGGGAGUCUUCAUACAGCAAACAGGCAAGUAUCUGCCCGUCAUGUACCUCGCGCAGGGAUUCUUGGUCCUCGGAUCCGGCCUGCUUGUGAGCCUCGACUUUGAAUCCAACAUCACCAAGCUCGUCAUCUUCCAAAUCCUAGUCGGGAUCGGCGUGGGCAUGAACAUCGAUGCUCCAAUCCUCGCUGCCCAAGCCGCGACAAGCGUGCGCGACACGGCCGCCGUGACGGCAACCAUGGGCUUCGUCCGGUCUCUUUCUACAGCCGUCUCCGUUGUCGUUGGCGGAGUGGUCUUUCAGAAUGAGAUGAACGCGAAGAACGACGGGCUUGCGAGUUCGCUUGGAGAGAACUCGGCCCUGGCGCGGCAGUUUAAUGGCGAUCUUGCUGCUUCCAGCGUGGAGGAUAUUGGCACCAGCGGUCUAAGCGGAGAGCAGGAGACUGUCGUUAGAAAGACAUAUUUCGAGGCUUUGAGGAUAGUUUGGGUUAUGUAUGUUGUAUUCGCCGGGCUAGCAACCAUCCUCAACCUGUUUGUACGAGCGCAUAAGCUCCGUGAUGAGAAUGAGGGCGCGGUGUUGGGAGCUGACCGGGCUCGCCCACAAGCUCCUUCCAGAAAUGAAGUUGAAGGGAUGGAAUUGCAAGUUGGUCGAGGCAAUUGUCAUUGA